AUGCAGGAGGCGCCAGAGGUUCGUGCACCAAGGCCAAAGAAGACGGCAGCUGCACCCGCCCCCGCAGCACCCCCCCGGACGGAGACAACUUCUGCACCCCCCUCCCGUCCUGCUCCAAGCGCCCCCGCUCCCGCCCCCCCCCAAACACCUGUUGCUACCAGGCAGGCCCCCUCAACCCCUCAAACUCCCACAGCCGUCAAAAAGCCCCCCCCAACCCCUCAAACACCGCCGGCUGCUGCUCGCUCCCCCCCUCCGGCUGCCCCUAAAGUUGCCCCCCGGGUACCAGAAACUGCCACCUCGGCACCCCCCCGAGACGCAGGCCCUGCGGCGCCCCCGGUUGCUGUCCCCCAAGCUCAACCGGCCCCUGUUGCUGUAACAACGCAGGCGCAGCAGGGCCCCCCCAAACAGAAACUGGUGACAAAGUACGGAUUCCCUCUGGUGAAGGAACGGCUGCCGUACUCGGAGCUGUUGAAAGACGGGGGGCGCAACGUUCGGGCGAUCUACCACUUCCACGACCUGCGAGGCGACGUUGGAAAACUUCCGUUUCAGGAGAGUCGGUUUAACGACCUGCCCCCCGGGGUGCGGAUUGACGGCAGCCGGAAGAGUCUGGGAUUGAUGCAGAACUACGUCCCGGAAGAGGAGGUUAUGGCUGAGCAGCCCGUGAGAGUGUUAGUCGCUCUUUCCGAUGAAGAAAAGGUGGUUAGGGCGACGCUUCCCCCUGUAAAAUACAACCCGGGGUUUUGGAAGGAGUUUGCGGAUGCGAAGUUGCAGUAUAAGCUGAUCGAGACGAUCGACCCGUAUAAGCGGGCGGCCGAGCGGCGGCUGGUUACGGAGGACACGGGCGCGGAGAAGGCGUUUGCGGGGGAGGGCAUGAGCGAGAACUUCCGGGCGUUCAGUUUCCCCAUCGCCCUGGUUCUCAUCGUGAUCAUCUACCAGGGUAUCGCGAGACUGCAAAAGGCGCGCGUGGACCAGGAGGAGCGGCAGCGGGUGAAAGACUUCCAGAAGCAGAGGCGCGCGUUGGCGCAAAUCGCCGAUACGCUCGGGUAUAACGUAUCCGUCGAGGAGGUGGAGCAGAUGCAGAAGGAGUUUAUGAACUCGUCGAACGAGCAACUAGGGUUGGAGACGACGGGCGAUGACGUGCAGGACAGGAAGAUCAGGGAGCAGGCGUCGCAGAACUUGGACCUCGUCGUCGGCUCAAGGUUCAAGAAGUCGGGCGCCAAAAAGUAUGCAGCCACCGACCGGAAAAAGUCGAAGUAUCGGCAACGGCUUCAGCCUGUGACCCUAGACGACGUCGCAGGUAUCGAUCAUUUGAAAAAGGAGGUGGUUGACAUCGUGGCCAUGCUCAAGCAACCCCAAAAGUGGCUGGACCGCGGCAUCAAAAUCCCAACCGGUAUCAUCCUGUUCGGCCCCCCCGGUUGCGGGAAGACGCUCCUAGCGAAGGCCAUCGCGGGAGAGGCGGGCUUCGCCUUCUUUUCGACAUCGGCGUCUCAGUUCGUGGAAAUCUUCGCGGGCGUGGGUGCCGCCCGUAUUCGGGACCUGUACUAUGACGCUCUCAUCAACGCCCCAGCCAUCGUAUUCAUCGACGAGAUUGACGCCAUUGGGCGGCAAAGGGGAUCGAAAGACAGUGGAGGAGAGGAGCGCGAUCAAACCCUGAACCAGUUGCUGGUGAGUUUAGACGGCUUUUCGGGGACCGGUCAGGUGGUGACUAUCUGCGCGACCAACCGUAUCGACACGCUCGACAAGGCGCUGACGCGCCCGGGGCGGUUCGACCGCAAGCUGUGCGUGGAGCUGCCGAGCUUUGAGGACCGAAUAAAGAUCCUAAAGGUGCACUGCAAAAACAAGCCCAUCGCUAGUUACAUCAACUGGUACGAUCUCGGGGGCGCCACCGCGGGCAUGUCGGGCGCCGCCAUUGCAAACGUCGUCAACACGGCCGUGUUGGAGUCGAUCCGGCAAGGGAAGGACGAGAUCACGACGAUGGACCUGGUAAACGCCGCUCGCCAGGAGAGCGACGGCUACCAGCUGGCGGCGCCGAUCCCCGACGUCCGGAAGCUGGGCUACGCGAUUGAGUGCGCGGCCAAGAUUGUCAUGGCUAUGAACACGAUGGACUUUACAAAAGUCACAGCGAUGUCGUUCUAUCAGACGAACGAGGGGGAGGACGCCAUCGAAGAUGCCCACAUGGACCGGAUGCGCAUGUUUAUGCUGCACGAAGGGGCCGGGUGGCACUUUGACUACAUCUCAAUUCUGCUCGCCCCUCGUGCCGUGGAUGACUUGUACAAUGGCGGCCUAGACAAUUUGAGUGCAGCGAGCUUCCUGCAUACGGACGAGGCCCGGACGCAGGCUCGGGUUAUGGUCCAAACCGGGCUGAUUGACCCGGACGUCCCGAACUACGACCUGAACGUGCUCUACCCGCACCACAUAUGGGAGCUGCAAGACGUCCAGAUGGCCGUCAUUCUUGAGGCCGCAUACAAGCGGUGCCAAUCGGUGUUGAAAGAGAACGUGACGCUAAUCAACGCGCUCGCAUACGCGUCGAUGGAGGAGAAGGUAUUGCUGGAGGAGCGCAUCCACGAGCUGGCCGACAAGUACGGCAACUUCGAGGAGCGGCGGCCGACCCUUUUCCGGAUACGCGACGCUCGGCUGGAGCUGUGCGAUCCGGAGGUGCGCCGCGUCGCGCCCAAGAUCGAGGAGCCGUGGCACGGGCUCGACCCGCAAGUCUGGCUCGAGUACCGGGAAACCCACUUCAACCUGGUGCAAGACUCGCUCUGGGAGAAGAUGCGGCAAGAGCGCGCGAUCGAAGAGAACGAGCGCGCGGCGCUCUCGCGGCGCGUGCAGCGCGUCUCGGCAUUACGAGAGGAGGGGGGCGCGGGGGGGUCCAGUACUAUGGCGGUGAUGGAGCGGGACGAUGGGAAUGGGGGGGAGCGGAGACGGUUGCAGGAGGGGGGGGGACGCGGGUGA